AAAAAAAAUAUCUAAGGUUGGUUGCCAAUUGCUAUCAGAAAUGCUAUAAAUAACUCAUCUAGGGUUAGGGUUAACAGCUGAGGGCCUCUUGCAAUUGUCUUGAUCUUUAACUCCCUAACUAUUUCCAACCGUAGAAAUUAAAGUUAAAGAAAUUAAAACUUAUUUAUAUAUUUUUCUCUUCUUCUUUAAUAUAUACACGUUAUCUGAUUACAACUUUAGAUUCCAUUAAAAAGUCAAGAAGAAGGAGCUGAGAGGAGAAUUGAAGGGAGAAAAGCAUGAGGAAGCGUCAGGUGGUAUUGAGGAGAUCUUCCCCGGAAGAACCUUCUAGAAGCUCGUCGACAGCUUCAUCUCUGACGGUGAGAACUGUGAGAUACGGUGAGUGUCAGAAGAACCAUGCCGCCGCGGUGGGAGGUUAUGCCGUUGACGGCUGCCGAGAGUUCAUGGCAAGCCGGGGUGAGGAAGGUACAUUGGCAGCUCUAACGUGCGCCGCCUGUGGCUGCCACCGCAGUUUCCAUCGAAGAGAAAUCGAAACCGAGGUUGUUUGUGACUGUAAUUCACCUCAUUCUACUGGAAAUUAGACAAGAAAAAAAUCUAGAGCUAGCUAUGAGUUUGUUUGUGUCUUUGUGUGUGUUAAAUAUACAUAUGAAACUGAAAAUAUUAUAUUUACUUCUUCUUCUUUUUUUUUCCCCCUUUGUGAAUUUAAGAAGAAACUAUAAGAGAUUUAUAGAUCGGAUGAGGUUGAAGCAGUGAACGAUUUAUAAUAAUUGGAUGCUUUUGGGGUUUGGGAAUUUAGGAAAAGUUUAGGGUUCUGAUGUAAUAUAUUAAGAAUGUUGUUGUUGUUUUUUGAAUGUAUUAUAUUGUUUCAUUUGUUUUAUGUUUGGGUCAUAUUAUUGUAUUUUGAUUAUGACGAAGCAUAUAUCGUUUCAAUUCAAUGUCCACUUAAAGACA